CUACAGAGAGAGGAGUAGAAGCCUGAACUCCUGGUAGUCACGGAUAGAUGAGGGACUGGAGCCCCAGCAGAAGAGGCCCCUCCUCUGUGGCAGCCACAGAGGCUCACACAGGACACAUGGCAGGUCCCCUUCUCCCAACCCUGCUGCUCCUACUGCUGUCCUUAGCACCGGGAUCUGCUGGACAUGAAGCCCACGGCAACGGGGAAAGGAUUGUGAAUGGAGCUACAUGCCCAAGAGGCUCCCAUCCCUGGCAGGUGGCCCUGAUGCGCGGCAGGGACACGCAGUGUGCAGGGGUGCUGAUCCGCGAGCAGUGGGUGCUCACCGUGGGCCACUGCCGACAACUUGCCUACAACGUGCAGAUGGGCAGCGAUGUGUUGAACGAUCCCAACGCCCAGGUGAUCAGGGCCACGGAGUCCUUCGUCCACCCCCAGUUUGACGGCGCCAAAAAAGUGCAUGACAUCAUGCUUGUGAAGCUGAGCCGCCCGGCCACGCUGUCACCGACUGUGAGGACCCUCGCCGUCUCUUCCAAAUGCACGAGCCCUGGGACCAUGUGCAUGGUUUCCGGCUGGGGCAGCACCACCGGCCGCCCUUUCGAGACCUAUCCAUCGGAGCUCAUGUGCACAAACGUCACCAUCAUCCGCCUGGAGGACUGCAGGAGGCACUUCCUGUACCUGAAGAGGCCUUACAUGGUCUGCGGUGGCACCCACAACAGCAACACCAACGCCAAUGUGGGUGACUCAGGGGGACCACUGGUGUGCAACGGCGCCCUGCGAGGCCUAGUGUCCCGGGGACCUUCGACUCCAUCCCUGAACCCGGUUGUCUUCACUGCAAUAUGCAGAUACAGCGAAUGGAUAGAGGAUACCAUAAGAAGAUAUUCCUAAUCUCUCCAUACGCCCAUCUCUCGCUUACUAUGCCCUGAACAGGAAAUUCACAGAAAUAA